AUGGUUCUACAAUAUGCAAGAGGAGGAAAUUUUAACAAUUGGAUGAAGAAAAAUUAUAAGCAUUUUGAAUGGAUAAAUAAAUUAAAAGUAUUAAAGAAUAUUAUUAAUGGUCUUAAAGAGAUACAUCAAAAGCAUAUGGUUCAUCGUGAUUUUCAUACAGGAAAUAUAUUAUUUAAGGAUACUUAUUAUUGGAUUACUUCAAAUUACAUUUCUGACAUGGGAUUAUGUGGAGAAGUUGAUAAUGUAGAUGAAACAAAAAUUUAUGGAGUUAUGCCUUAUGUAGCUCCUGAAGUAUUAAGAGGAGGUCCUUAUACUAAAGCAGCAGAUAUAUUUAGUUUUGGAAUGAUUAUGUAUUUUGUAGCAACUGAAAGACAACCUUUUGCAAAUUGUGCACAUGAUGAGUUUUUAGCAUUAGACAUAUGUAAUGGCACUAGACCUGAAAUAAAUAAGCCAGAAGCACCUAAGUGUUAUGUUGACUUAAUGAAAAAGUGUUGGGAUUUAAAUCCAAUUAAUAGACCCAAUGUUGCUGAGGUGGAAAAAAUGAUUAGUCUA